ACUUGGUUCCUAACUUGUGUCGGUGUGACAGCUGCGCCCUCGUGCUGCGCCGCCGCGCGGUGUCCCUUUCCAGCCUCUUCUUCUCUAAACGGGAAGCUUUUUUUUCUCUCUCGCUCGAGUCAUAUGAUGUGACCGCGGAGAAGCAGGAACACGCCAGUCAGAGAGGAACCAGCGGCGUCUCCCACAGAAACACCGGAACGUGUCCGACUGGACAAAAAAUGGGGAACACGCGAAGGAAAGUUAUGAGAGGAAGCUGAUGUCAACGCUAGGACCGAAACUCCUCGUCACUGACAGCUUCCCCAUCGUCAUGAUAGAGUUGUAGCUCUACUGUAGCUACUGUAAUAUCACGCAGAUAAGGUAACAUAUAAUAAUAUGCCGUUAUGAUACGCGUGGCUGUCGGGGACAACUUGGCCUCACGGUACAUGUUCUUGGCUCUCACUGCGAGAGAGUGCACUGAUUGACCUAAAUGCACGUCAAGCCUUCAGGAGGAAAACAACUUUUCAAAGACCAUGGUUAACAAAGAAGAGCUGGAAAGAAGGCUGAAGAAGCUGCUGGUGCGGCUGAAAACCCCGCAGGAGGACAGACAACUGUCCACGCUGAUCCAAAUCCUGCAGGAUCUGCGGUCCCUGGCGGCAACGGAACAUGCAGCUGAGCUGUUUGAAGACAAAGAUGUCCAUGUUCCCCUCACAGUGGUGCUUUCAUCUUAUACAAACAGCAAAAAAGUCCAGGAGGUUGGCUUGUCACUGCUGUGCCGGCUCAUUGAAAUACGGCCGAACACGCUGGAGGAGCUUUGCAGUCCUCUGCAGGCCAGCAGGGAGUGGGAGGUACUGGCAGUGCACCAGCAGAUCCUGAGGGUCUUAUCUCAGUUUAUUGCAGAUCAUCAAGUAACCAUUGUUGGACUCAGAGCCCUGGCGCUUCUGCUCACAUCAGAUCCAAUUCCUCUGCUGGUGCUGGAUGAAGAAGAGGACGUGUUUAGCCUGGUGGUGCAGGCGAUGAAGGCAUUUCCCACCGUUGAGGAAGUUCAACUCCAAGGUUGUAGGGCUCUGCAGCUGCUGCUGGACAGAGUAAGUGACGACCAUUUGGGCGAGUUUGUGGAAAACCAGGACCAUGUUGUGGUUCUCUCAGCUCUGCAGAGGUUCUCUGACAGCCCCAAGCUUCUCACCCAGGCCAUGAAGGUGCUACUGCCCUUAGCUCGCACAGGCAGUAACGUGGAGGUGUUGAUGUCGGGAGGCACUCGGUGUUACGCCGUCAUCAUCGCGGCCAUGGACGCCUUCCCUGACGUGGCGGAGCUGCAGGAGACGGCCUGCCUGCUGUUCAGGAGGUUCACAUCAGAGAGCUUCUACGACAUCCUGGUACGGAACGGCGUCCAGAGAGCCGCUCUUAGAGCCUGUCGGAGUUUUCCCAACAACCCUGUCCUGCAAGCUGCAGCUCUCUUCUGCCUGGCUGAACUUACUGCAACCAUCGUACACAGCAAAGCGGUGGCGGAGGAAGGAGAGAAGGAAGAGAAGGAAGAGGAGAGGGUCACAGAGGAGGUGCAGGACCUGGGCCUGGACUGGAUGGAGGACUGCUGUACUGCUUUGGACCUCCAUGCAGCCGAGCCGGCUGUUCAGGAAGCUGCGAGUUGGGCCAUUCACAAUCUGCUACUGCAUGGAGCCCAAGUUAACCCUUCAAAAGAGGAGCAGGAUGGCAGGACUCCUGUUCACAGACAGUUAAUGGCUGCCAUGCUGGUUCAUUCCUCCUCUCCCAGUGUGUUCAUUGCUGCUACCAGCGCCAUCGCUACGCUCAUUACCAACAACAGUAAAAUGAGCUUCUUGCUGCUGUCCGGCGGCCUCCAUGUCAAUCUGGUAGAGAUGAUGAAGAGACAUGCAAGCUCAGCAGAAGUUUCCGUCAGCGCCUGCAAGUUGUUAAAGCUGCUUUUCCACGGAAGGUCCGCCAGCCUGGAUGAGCUGAACAUGGCCAUGAAUCAGAUCCUCACCACCAUGAAGAUCCACAACUUCCAGUCAGAGGUCCAGCUGGCAGCACUGGAAGCCAGUCUGAUCUUCCUUUGCCCAGACAGGAGUUUAAGGGAGAAUGGUUCCUCCAUCGCGGAUCCCGACAUGGCCGACGUGUCGCUGAGAGUCCUGAAGAACCAGUGUGUGGUGGAAGGGGCUCACACACUCUACCUGGAAGCCCUCAACAGGUUUAUCAGCAGACCCGUCAUACAGCAGUGCGGCCUAAAGGUGCUAUCAUCCCUGGCUGAUUGCUCAGGUGCAGUGGACCUGUUGUGCCAGCAGGGGGCGAUAGACACCGUACUUCAUACACUACAUGCCUUCCCAGAGGAUCGAGAGAUACACUAUUGGGGUCUGACCCUGCUUAACUACCUUGUGACGAAGAAGAAGCUCUCCAGGAUGAUCGUACCAGUCCUGGCUUUCGUUGUGGUCGCCUCCCUAAGUCGGUACAAAGAAGAUUCUGAGAUUGUGCUGAAGUGUUUUCUGGUGGCCCUGAGGAUGUUGGACGCCUGCUCGGGGGCAGCAGCUGAACUGCAGAGAGAAGACUUCGACAGGCAGCUCUUCCAGCACCUUAUCCAGGAGAGGGAUCAGAGUGUCAGCCCACUGCGGAAAGCUGUGUGUCUGGCUUUGUCCAAGAUGUGGAGCGACUCGGAGCUACACUACAGCAUGCUAGAAAAAGCCUGCAUGGACGGCAACACGCUGAUGGCAGAGUGCCUCAUUGAGCUGGGCGCCGACAUCAACAGGAAGGCAAAAACAGAGUCUCUCAUCUAUCAGGUGUGUGAGAAAGGAGGUCCUCUGGAGCUGGUGGAGCUCCUGCUGAGCAGAGGUGCUCCGGAGCAGCAACUCCGCAGAGCUCUAGCUGUGAGCGUGAAGAGGGCCGACGGGCCCAUCGUCAUCCUGCUGCUCAGCCGGCUCGGUCUGGACUUCAACAACAGCGCCCUCUGUCUGGGAGGCUUCCGACUCGGCAGAUUGGACGCCGCUUGGCUGAGCCCCCUGCUGGCAGAACGGAGCAGGGGAUACAGUCUGCGCUACAGCAGUAAAGGUGUGAGUUUGGCCAGGUACAUUCAAUCCCUGCAGAGAUCCAAGAGCGUCGGCGGUUUUUCCAGACCCAUGUCAGACCAGUGUCUGACUUCCGGCUACAUUUCAGACGAGAGCGAUGACUCCAGCUUCAGCGCCGUGUCAGUGGAUGACAGCUUGUUUAUGAAUGACGAAAUAGAGAGUGAUGGAAGUGAUUCCGUGUCGGGGACUCUGUCUCCAAAGUCAAAAAACAGCUCCGUUGAGGAGCUGAGGGGAGACUCCUUCAAAAGGAAGCAGGGACGUCACAGGCACUCCAGUUCAGAGAGUCCUCAACCUGAAAAUGAAAAUAAUGAAUCGAUUAAUAGAAGAUACAUACGGAGAAACUCUAAGCAGGUGCUGGGCUCUGGUGAGAACUCCGCUGCUCUUUUCAAAGAAAAGGAGAGGAUCCGCCUGCUGGACCUGUCAGGGAACGAGUUGGACUCCCUGUCCUGUUUCCUUGACGAUGCUGUUGUCCAGCAGCAGCUGUGGCACGUCCAUCGCCUGGACCUGAGCAGCAACGUUCUGCUCGAGUUCCCCUCUGCCAUCUGCCAGAGUUUGAAGAGUCUGACCCGUCUGGACCUGCAGGGUAACCAGCUUCGGUCUUUGCCAGAUGAUCUGCUGGCUCUGCCCUCACUGAGCACGCUCAACGUCUCCCGUAACUGCAUCGGCCCCGUGCUGACCUUCGACCCCACUGUCACCUGCCCCUCACUGAGGCAGCUCAAUCUGUCAUUCAAUAAAAUCACCACAUUCCCCUAUGAGCUGGGCCAGACCAUGGGGAAGCUGGAGGAGCUGUUUAUGGACGGUAACGGUUUAACUGAGCUGUGCUCGGCUCUCUAUCUCCCGGAAGUCAAGCUGCUGGAUGUGAGCAAGAAUAAUGUGGAGAAUAUUUCUCCUGACUUUCUGACCACCUGCCCUAAACUGGAAACUUUGAAUGCUUCAAACAACAAAAUAUGUUCCCUUUCCCAGCUGCCAGCCAAGGUCACAACAUUGAAAUUGGCCAACAACAAGUUCACUCGCGUUCCCGAGGCCAUACUGAAUCUACCAAAUUUACGUUCAGUGGACUUGAGGACCAACAGCAUCGACGUUCUGCCUGGUCCGGCCUGCUGGGUGUCCCACAACAUCCGGGAGCUGAUGUUCAGUCAGAACAGCAUUGAAGGUUUGGAUCUGAGUGGACCGAUCUACAGAUGGGCCCGACUGGAGAAGCUCCAUCUGAGUGACAACCAGCUUAAAGAGAUCCCGCCGCAGAUCGGCACGUUGGAAGGCCUGAACUCUCUGGAUGUGAGUCGGAACGCCAGACUGCGGUCGUUCCCGGAUGAAAUGGGAAAGCUGGGCAGACUGUGGGACCUGCCUCUGGAUGGCCUUAGACUGGACCUGGAUCUGAAACUUAUUGGCAACAAGACCAAAGACAUAGUCAGGUUCCUGCAGCAGCGCCUGAAGAAGGCCGUGCCGUACCACCGCAUGAAGCUCAUCGUGGUGGGGACCACCAGCUGCGGGAAGACCACCCUUGUCAGGCAGCUGAUGAAGAUGAAGCGGUCCCAGCUGAACUCGGGGCAGAGCUCUGUGGACGUUUUCGACUGGACCGUCAAGGAACGGGACAAGAAAAUGUUGCUGAACGUCUGGGACUUCUCAGGUGGAGAGGAGCUCACCGGCUCUCACCCUCUUUUCCUCACAUCCAGAGCGCUCUAUCUGGUCGUCUUCGACCUCAGUAAGGAACCCAGUCAGGUGGACGCUCUUAAGCCCUGGCUCUUCAACAUUAAAGCAGUGGCUCCGCUGUCUCCAGUCAUCCUUGUUGGAACCCACACCGAUGUGAGUGAGGAGCUGCAGAUCCAGUCGUGCCUGAGUAAAAUCAGAGAGGAGCUGCUGAGCCAUCAGGGCUUCCCGGCCAUCAGAGACUGUCACCUGGUCUCGCUCUGCGAGGACUCGGACUCCAUCGCCAAACUCCGCAGGGCGGUCAUCAGAGAGGUCACCAACUUCAAGAUCCAAGGCCAGCAGGUCAUGGGUCAGCUGGUGCCAGACUGCUACGUGGAGCUGGAGCGCAGAAUUCUCCAAGAGAGGAGCAGAGUCCCGCCAGAGUUUCCCAUCCUCAGGCACGACAAGCUUCUGCAGCUUAUCCAGGAGAGUCAGCUGCAGCUGGAGGAAGCCGAACUCCCCCACGCCAUCCAUUUCCUCAGUGAAGUGGGAAUUUUAUUACACUUUGACGACCCUGCUCUCCAACUUCAAGAACUUUACUUUAUUGACCCACAGUGGUUGUGUAACAUUCUGACUCAGAAACUGACCUUGAAGAGCUGUGGCCUCUUGGAGCAGCCAAAGGGAGUGGUCCAGCGUUCUGUUGUGGAAAGGUUUCUGCUGGAGACCAAAUGUUUCCCCAAGAGCCACAUGCUCCAGUUCUUCAAACUUUUGGAGAAGUUUCAGAUUGCCCUUCCCUUUGGUGAGGACCAGCUACUGGUACCCAGCAGUUUGUCCAAACAGAGACCAGUUAUAGAACUGCCUCACUGUGAGAACUCUGAGAUGAUUGUGCGUCUGUAUGAGAUGCCUUACUUCCCCAUGGACUUCUGGUCUAGGCAGAUCAGUCGCCUGUUAGAGGUCUCCUCGUAUUUGCUCUGUGGAAGAGAAAAGGUUCUUCGACCCAACCGUAUUUACUGGAGGCGAGGUAUUUACCUGAACUGGUCCCCUGACGCGUAUUGUCUAAUGGAGGCUGCUUCAGAGGAGCAGAGUCCCUCCAGCUUUGUGAGGAUAACCGUUCCCUCAUCUCAAAAAGGCCGAGUGCUACUGGGCCAAGUGGUGGACCACGUCGACUCCGUACUGGAGGAAUGGUUUCCUGGUCUUCUCAACACCGACAUGCAUGGCAAUGGAGAAGCUUUGCUAAAGAAGUGGGCUCUCUACAGUUUUGAAGAUGGUCAGGAGUGGAGCAAGAUUCUGCUAGAAGACCUUUGUAACCAUUUUGAUGAAGAUUUCUUGAUGGUGAGCCCAGAGAAACCGCGCUGCAAGCUUCCCAUCUCUCAGAUCGCCCCGGACCUGGUGCUGAGUGACCAGCCUGCAGGAAUUUCACUGGAUGGGGAGGAAUUGGAAGUAGACCUCUCCAAAGAACACAGACUAGGGGACGGAGGUUUUGGAACAGUUUAUCGAGGGAUUUAUAAAACCGAAGAAGCUGCCGUGAAAGUUUUCAACAAGCAUGCUUCUGAUCUUUACGUCCACAGACUCCUCAGACAGGAACUGGCAGUCCUGGGUCGUCUCCGACACCCCAGCCUGGUGAGCCUGCUGGCCGCCGGCUCCGCUCCUCCGGUCCUGGUGAUGGAGCUCGCUCACAGAGGCUCUCUGGACUCCCUCUUUAACCAUGAGAAUGGCAGCCUGAACCGGAAGCUGCAGCACAGGAUCGCCCUGCAUGUGGCAGAUGGCCUCAGGUACCUCCAUUCCGCCAUGAUCAUCUAUCGGGACCUGAAGCCCCACAACGUGCUCCUCUUCAACCUGAAGAGCGACUCGGAGAUCAUCGCCAAAAUCACCGACUACGGGAUCGCUCAGUAUUGCUGUAGCAUGGGCGUGAGGAGCUCCGAGGGGACUCCAGGUUUCCGAGCGCCCGAGGUCGCCCGGGGCAACGUGAUCUACAACCAGCAGGCGGACGUGUUCUCGUUCGGCCUGCUGCUGUACGACUUGCUGACGAGAGGCGAGCGCAUUUCAGAAGGCAUGAGGUUCCCCAGCGAGUUUGAUGAAGUGGCGGUGCAGGGAAAGCUGCCAGACCCAGUAAAACACUACGGCUGCUCACCUUGGCUCAGCUUCCAGGCUCUGAUGAUGGACUGUCUGAAGGAGAGCCCACAGGAUCGACCCACCUCUGCUCAGGUGUUUGACCGGCUGAAUUCGGGGGAAAUGCUGAGCUUAAUAAGUGAAGUGAAGUUUUCCGGCAUGUUUACUGCUCAGUGCAUCACAAUGAGCAGCGGCGGCGACCAGAAGACAUCAAGCCACACAGCCUGGCUCGGUGGGGGCAGCAGCUCCAAGAGGAAGGGCUUGGUCACAGCUGUGGACCUGCACACCAACGGGGUCACCACACAGGAGGUCGAUACCAGCCCCGUCCUUUGCCUCGUAACAGUUCAGAUCCCAAAUGAGGAAUCUGAUUGGCUGGUGGCUGGCAUGCAGUCUGGCUCCUUACUGAUCAUCAGCACCCAGGACGUGUCCACUUAUCACCACCUACAGAGUGUCACCGAUGCCGUCACCUCGCUGUACUUCCAUGCACACCCUCGGCGCACCCAAAGGACGAAUUAUUUGCUGGUCGGCACAGCAGAUGGAGUUUUGAGUGUUUUUGAGGAGUCUGUGCUCAUGCAGGAGAAUGGCCAGCCAGUGAAAAGUGCCCCCGUGGGAAACGCCAGCACUCCGCUCAUGUGUUUGGGCCAGUCGACCCACUCGCUGGACAGCAGGUCAGUCUGGGCCGGCUGUGGGACCAAGAUCCUCUGCUUCUCAGCCGACUACGACGUCUGCAAGUCCAUCGACACCAAACCAAACCUCGUCUUCCGUCAGCAGCGGUGUCAGAGCAGCGAGGCGUGCGUCUCCUGCAUGGUGGUGGACAGACACGUGUAUCUCAGCAAAGCCAGCACUCCGACCGUGGAGGUGUGGGACAAGAAGAGCGAGAGGAUGGUGGACUGCAUCGACUGCGCGCAGAUCAUCAGGCGGGGCGGCGGGACGGAGCCGCUCUCCGAGGCUUCGCCCUCCUGGGCCACCGUGAAGACCUUGAUGAUGCAGAACACCGCAGCGCUCUGGAUCGGCACCAGAGGGGGCUACCUGCUCCUGCUGGAGCUCUCCAAGCACCAGGCGCUGCAGGUGGUGGCGCCGUCCUGCGACUCCAUCCGCGCCGUCGUCUCUGCAGUCAUACAGUCGAUGAACUGGAAGAACGUGGUGCUGGUUUUGGGCCGGAGGCUCCCACGAGACCGGAACCAGGACGAUGAGGAGUCGGUGCUGAUGGCGUGGAGCAGCAUGCUCCCUCUGGAGGUCAAAGACCUGAAGAAGCACUGUGAGAAAAGGGAGCGGGCCGCGGCCAGGAUGAGGGAGCAGCUCCAUCACGCCUGAGCGACAGAGGAGUCAGCCAAAGGGAUGAACUCUUCAGCCGCACUGAAGAGGAUGUUUUACCUCAGCGCCUGACAACCCAGCCGCACUUUUCAGGACUCUGAUGUUCAGUAAGGAAAGACUGGAGCCGCUCCCCGAAGAAUCGCAUUCUUUGUCUUUUCUUCAGCAGAGCACGAGACCGGAACCAGGACGGUUACAACCUGGCAUAUUUCAUAAGAUAAUGACCGACUUUUAAUUUUCAGGAGAUUUUUGUAAAGGGACACUGUUUGUUUAACUUGUGUGCUUCAAGUCUGACAGCAGAGGAGAUGUAAAAAAAAUAUCCUGCUUCCAAUAGAUAUGGAUUUUCACCCUGUGUGCUAUGGGUAAAGUGGAAACUGGAGGGGGGGAAGCAUGAAGCCAUGAAAAAGUUGAUUAUUUAUUUGUGUCUGUCAAUGCAUGUUUAUCAGUAUGGUAAGCCACUCAACAUAGAUGGGGAAAUUAGUUCUUCUAAUGCUGCCUGCUCUGCACAUGUUGAGUUAUUUUAUUAUUUUUUUGUACAGACAUUCUUAUAGCUGAAGUCAUUGUGAUGCCAAGAAAAGUUAUUUUGUUUACAGUUUUAAUUGUCUGCGUCCUUUACACUUAAGGGUCAUGCAUUUGGUCUGGUUUCUUUAUUCUGCAUGUAAACAAUAUCUAUGUAUAAUAAAAUUAUUGCUACUUUGUGUA